UUUCAAUUGUUUUGUACGAAACGGAUCAUGUGAAACAACAAAAACCCAAAAACCAAAAUCAAUCCAUUGAAAUCUAUCUGCUUGUUCCUGUUAUUGAGCAAAAGCCCUUUUCCCACACUGCAUCCACCGGCCCAUCUCCGAUCAGAUCUAUUCCCUUUUUCUCUAGAUCUGCCCACCAACGAAAAACAAUAAAGAAAAUAACCCCUCGAUUCGUUUCAAUCUAAAAUCCCCCUCGCAUUAUGCAGAAUUCUUGCUCCCAAAUGCUCAAUCAUGAGCAUUUCCAGUGAGGAAAUCGCUGAGAUCGAUAAGGUUUGUGCAUCGAUUUCGCUGAAAUGGGAUCGGCCCAGUCCGUGCAAUUAGCGGAGGAAAGAGAGGAGGACGAGGAGGAGGAAGAAGAAGACGACAAUGAAGAUGAUGGUGAUGAUAAUGUCGAGCCGGCCAGAGCUGAAUUGGAUAACUACUUGGUCAAGAAGGUUCUCGAGCAGGAGCCGGAGAUGCUACCUUGUCACGCAUUAGCGUCGCCGUUGUCCCCUCAGCCGUCGUCCCUUGGUACGCCUCGAUUGGGGCCGGCGAUCAAGGUCUGGGACCCGUAUAAUGUUCUGGCGCCUCCACCGCAGCUGCCUCCGCCGCCGUUGUUCACGCGGAGCUUCUCGUCUAGUUCGAUUGACGACGAUCGGGUGGUUAUGGAGGUUUUCCUGAUCAGCCACGGGGAGUGUGAGUUGAAUUUGAGGUCGGACUUGGUCGGCGGGCGGUGCCCUGAGGCGGGUUUGACGCCGAAAGGCAAGCGCCAGGGAAGAGCGUUGGCGGUGUUCUUGAAAUCUCAGGGGGUUCGUUUCAAUGCCGUGUAUUCGUCUCCCUUGGAUCGGGCCCGAUCCAUGGCGGUUUCAGUUUGCCAGACCAUCUAUGAAAUGAACUUGCAGGAAAUGAAUUUUAUGGAGGAACAAAUACAAAACUCAGAUGCCCUUACAGAGAUGAGUCAAGGACACUGGGAGCGUUGCCUUCGGUCUGAAAUAUAUACGCCUGAAACAUUAAACUUCAUUGAUCGAAUUCAACCCGACUUCUCUCCACCAGCUGGAGAAUCGCUAAGGCAGGUUGAAUUCCGUAUGGUUCAUUUUCUUAAUGGAACCAUCUUGGAACUUCCUGAAAAGCUGAGGUCAGAUGUUUUAUCACACCGUCCCAAUGAGACACUUCAAAUGUCACACGAACUAACCAACUCAAUUCACGAUCGAGAUGGGCAUUCUCUCCCAUCCCCACAUUGGGACUUGCCUCAUAGGCAGCGGCACGGGAUCACGAGGAGAAAGUCUGGCAAAAGCAGGCUACAAACUGUAACCACCACUGGAGAACAUGAAGCUGAAGACGAGAUCUCCCCUCAUGAUGCCACUCACCAAAGUACACUAAAUGAUUUAAGUAUCAGGAACUCCUCCUUGUGUACGACUUGUAUCGGCAUCUUCACGCAUUCAAUUCCAAUUAAAUGUCUCCUCGCAGGCCUCCUCGAAUGCAGCUUGGUAAUGCUGCACAAGUUUUGCAUUGAAGAUUCAUCUGUGACUGUUUUACAACAUUCACUAAAAUCAGGCUGGCAGAUAAAAACGUUGAAUGAUACCGCACACCUCAGGCUUCUCUAAUGAAAGCAAUUCCACUUCCCUAUCGGUCGAUUCCAAUGCCAGAAGAGGAUCUGUUAUAAUAUAAUGGCCAAAUCUGCCAUUUAUAUCAUUUUUGGAUUGAACUUUUCCUUUUAAUCCUUUUCCUUGUUUUUUUUGCUUUAGCAGGCAAUAUUCUCGAAUCCCUGUUGUAAACUUUUUAGUAUUUAUGAUAGAUUCAACCCCCCCACACCUCUCACAGAAUUAUGGCAAAGUGAAAGUUGCUGUAUCAAGUGAUUAAGUUGCUGUAUCAAGUGAUUCUUUUGAUAAUAUGUACCAUUUUAUCAUUGAUCUUAUGUGAUUGAAUUAUACAUACAGGCACGAUCUUCUCAUGAAAGCAGGUUGGCAGCACAGCAGCUCGAGACUGAUGGGAAAUCUACUUGUUUGGUUGUUUUGAUCUGAAAAUGCUGUUCUUUUCUCCUUAUCAUUUGCAGACAUUGUUAAGUGGAAGCGAAAACUCCUGUUGGCAUAAAAGUACUUUUCUGUUGUUGGUUGUUGUCCUUGAUGAAAUUGAAGGGAAAGGACAUGGACAACCAAAUUGCUGCUAGAAAGUAGAAUUUAAAGCUUUUUCAUGUUGUCACAAAACGGUGCCGUCACAUGGGCUGUGGGUCUGAGAUUAGAAGAAAAAAGAGACCCCUUUGAGACUGGAACUUCUUGUUCGCCAUUAAAAUGGCCAUCUCUUCCUUUCUCACGUAAAUGGUGGAAUCUUUCUGUACUUUGACGAAUGAAACCAGACAAAAAACAAACAGAUCAAAGAGAAAACAAAGAGCUUUUAUAUCAGCAGACUUGCAAAACGACAUUGGAUAAAACCGCCAUUCCCGUGAUGUUCAAUCACUUCACAAAACUCACUCUUUUACUGGUUUAUCCUCUUCUUUUGCCAUAAUUCCCAUCAAUCUUUAUAUACCAGUUAUUUCUUCUUCAUUGGUUGCCAUAGAAUUUCUUACAGAAAGAUCUCUCUGCAUCAAUGGCUGCUGCUGCUGUCUGCUUCUGUGUUGCCUUGUCUCUGGCCACCUUUUUGGCCUUAUCUCCCGCAGCCGCCUCUUCAAUAUCACCUUCUCCGCCCGUUUCACCUAACAAAACGUCCCAAAAUAUGUCUUCGUUUUUCCCUUCUCCUGUUGAUGAGCAUUCUUCUCCCAUUUCUGCCGAUCUGGCCUCGGCACCGGGCUCCGGCAAGUUCAUGGGGAAGAGUGGGUCAAGCUAUGUGAAGCUCAAUCAUGGGGUCUCAGGAUUUGGUCUGAGCAUUUGUGGUUUGUUUAGUUUAAGAGUUUUUCUUAGUGUUUGAUUCGUUUACAUUAUGCAGCUUCAGCUUUUAUUUGACCUUUGGGUUGAAGAUUUCUUGUUUGGAUUUAUGUGCAUUGAGACUCUACUAGAUGAAAUGUAUUGUAAUUUUCAUUUAUGUGUUUUGGAACUCA